AUGCGUCGGAUGGGUUUCAUGAGAUCAACUAGCGGGGAAGAAGGUGAAGAAAGAACUUUAGGAGCAUACGUAGCAAAAGUCGAUAUUCAUUUCACAAUUAAAAAGCGUGACAAACUACUGGAAUUUGGACGAAAUAUCAUGUUAGAUAGUAUAUUUGAUAGCUUGAUAAUUACUGAGGAUGCCAAUUAUGCUAAUGAGAGUAAUGAUAAAGAUAACUCUGUUGAAAAUACCUCUGUUGAAAAUACCUCUGUUGAAAAUACCUCUGUUGAAAAUACCUCUGUUGAAAAUAAUUCUGUUGAAAAUAAUUCAAUAGAGAACAAUUCGGAAGUAAUUCAACAAAAUUAUGAGAAUGAACCUACUAAUUCCACACAAGACAAUAAUCCUAAUGAAGGAUGGGAGGUUGACUGGAAUGAAGCCUGGGAUGAUGGUGAUGAUGAUAAUUGGGAUAGUACCAAUAAACAAACCGAGUUGUCCAAGGAAACCAAUUCUCAUGAUUCAGAGGUGAUAAAUGAACCAGAAAGAUACUCUAUUUCAGUCAAAUCUAAGUCACUAAUAGAUCUGACAUUAAGUACUUUGAACGAAGCACGAAACUUAAAUACAAAGAGUGGAAUGCGCUUGUAUCAAGCUACUCUUGAUCUCUUUGAUCUAUAUCGUGCUAUUAUGCCGGUGUAUCAUUCGAACAAUUUUACUAAUUUACCCACCUUGGCUAUGUUGUUUCGUAACGAUUGCAUUUGGCUAGCAAAUCAACUCAUAACUAUUCAAGAUCAAUUUAUAAAUAGCUUAUUGCCACAAGAACAUAAUGAGUCAGAAGAUGUUGAAUCUAAAAUCUUAUAUAAUGACAUGGCAAACAAAUUGCGAGAUUUAGGAAACGAAUGGUACGACAUUCAGUUGGAAAAACAAAAAUCAGUUCUUAAAGAAAUUUUGGAUGAAAUGGAUGGAGUGCAACUAACAGUAAAUGAGGAACGAUUUGAAACUUGCCAACAAGCGAUGAAUAAAGUGAUAUAUACCAUAAAGCACCUAUCAAACAUUUGGAAGGAUGUGUUACGACCUUCAGAAUAUUAUAUUAUAUUAGGCACUUUGAUAAAUUCAGUAUUAACUAUUAUGAUCGAGAAUCUAGAGGAUCUAUAUGAUAUUUCUGCAGAAGAAUCUCAUCAAUUAAAUUUAAUAUAUUCAAUGCUUUUUCCGUUGGAAGAAAUAUUCAGGAAUAACGGGCCAAAUAAAAUCGAGAAUCAUGUUAAAAACUGGAAGAAAUUCUGUUAUAUAACUGAUAUACUUGAAUUUCCCUUAGCAAACAUUAUGGACAAAUUCCGCUCUGCCGAGCUAAACUGUUUCACUAGUAAUGAAUUGGAAGGACUCAUAUGCGCAUUAUUCGCAGAUACACCUUUAAGAGAACAAAGUUUACAAGAGAUUAGAUGCGGGCAUCCU